AUGGAUCCGUGGUCCGACGAAGAGAUCUACGACUGGCUUAGACGAUUUUCAUUGUCUCUCGAGCAAGCGGCUCAAACCGGAGUCGACACUACGAAAGAGGAAAUUGUCAAGUUGCUCACAUCCCUGGCUGCCUUUAACAUAGCUAUCCAACAAGGUGGUAUUUGUCGGCGUCUUCAUCGCACGCUGAGAUUGGCACAGGAUUUGUUGGACGCCGCUCUUUCUCAACAUAUGAAAAAUGCACAGAACCUUUCGAAUUCGCUCUCGACAGCGAAGAGCGAAGAGGUCUCCGAAAUGAUGACAAAUGACAGGUCUCCCUCCGAUUUUUCUCCCACUUCAGAGAACAGUGAUAGAAGGUAA